GUACCUGCCUGACUGAAGAGUGUGUUUCCGCCGCAUCCCGCCUCAAAAGCUACAUGGACGACUCAGUGGAACCGUGCAACAACUUCUACGAGUACGCCUGCGGAGGCUGGCUCAAGAAACAAGUGCUGGAGCCCGAUGAACUCAAGAAGGAUGUGGGCACAAGCAUAGGGGAUGCUAACAGGAUUAAGAUCAAAAGUCUCCUGGAGGUAAGUUCCCGAGCCAACGACUCCGACUACAAGGUGAAGCCAAGGGCGUUCUAUAAGGCCUGCAUUAAUGAGGACAAGCUGGAAAAACGAGGCAGUCGUCCGUUCUUUGCUCUGCUCAAUGAAUGUGGCUGCGAUUAUCGACCUGGAGAUUCACAUUGCUCGGCUGAUGAGAGACGACGUGGAGAAGAAGGACAUGUCCAGCAGCUACAACAGCAUGACCAUCGCCAUGUUGCAGUCCAAGUACCCGUGGGCCGUAUUAGGCAUAGAACCAGCACCAAGGUGGGAGCGUUGUGCCAAUGAAGCCACAUCCAUCUUCCCAGAGGCUGUCAGCCGCAUGUAUGUCGACCAGUUUUUCAGCAAGGACGCCAAAAAAUACAUGAAGACAAUGAUUCAGGACCUGACAGUGGCCUUCAGGGAACUGCUGGAAGAAAACAACUGGAUGGGGAAAGACACCAAGGAGAAGGCUAAUGAGAAACUCAAGCAAAUGGGCAACAAGAUCGGAUACCCAGACUACUUGCUGAAGGAUGACAGGCUCAACACUCUGUACCAGAAGAUUUCUGCUGAUGAAGGCAAAUACAUGGAGACAAUUCGAGACUACAAGCUCUUUGUGACUCUGGAGAAUGUGAAGAAACUGAGGGAGCCCAAGGACAAAUCAAAGUGGGACAUCCAUCCUGCCACGGUCAACGCCCACUAUAAUGUGCUGGACAAUGAAAUCAUCUUCCCCGCUGCUUUCCUUCAAGCUCCAGUGUAUGAUCCAGGUUAUUCCAGCUCAAUGAACUACGGGUCCGCAGGAUUUAGUAUAGGGGCCGAGGUGGUGAAGGCGUUUGACCUGAAGGGUAGCCAAUACAACCCCAAGGGAGAGCUGAAGUCGUGGUGGACGUCCAAGGACAAGGAGAACUUCAAGUCUCGCUCCCAGUGCUUCGUGGACCAGUACGGCUGCUACAAGUGGGAUGGAAAUAGCAUUGACGGCGAACUGACGCUGGGUGAGAACAUUGCUGACAACGGAGGACUCAAGCAGAGCUACAGGGCGUACCGCAACCUGGUUGCUCGUCAGGGAACUGAGGAGAAACGACUUCCUGGCCUGAAGCUCAACCAUGACCAGAUCUUCUUCCUCAGCUUUGCCCAGGUGUGGUGUGCCAAAAUCAGAGAUGAAGUGAAGAAAGGAGUGGUGGAGUCCGACCCUCACUCACCUCCUCCGUACAGGGUGUACGGAACUCUCCAGAACUCUGUGGACUUCUCCCGAGCAUUCAACUGUCCGGUCGGGAGCCGGAUGAACCCCAUGAGGAAGUGUGUGCUCUGGUGAUUUCUUCCUUAGUUAGGACUUUUUUCAAUUUUUCCAUUACUCAACAACACCCAAAAAAUGUUAAGGUCUGAACCACCUCGACCUUGACCCCACCUUUGAACUAUGUCAGCACAGUUUCGCGUGUACCGGUAAUAGAGACAUAUAUAUAGCAGCGUAUAAUGGUGCCAUCAUAAGAUAUAUAUAAUUAAUGACGAACUAACAGAAACAAAGGUGUGGAUCUUAACGGAGUUAGAAGACAUGCUACUGAUAUGAACAGAAUAACUUUCCACCCUGUUGCAUUAUCAGACAAGUGUAGAAGAAUGUAAUGUACUCAGUUAUACGAACUACGGACAUCCAUAGCCCAGAGAGAGGUUUUAUUCAGACAGGAAAAGAUCGUUGAAGUAGUCGCUUUGAGAAAGAUUGUUACCAGUGUGAUCAGAUAUAUGCGUAUGUGACAUUGUAAUUCUCCUGAAAUAUAUAUAUAAAACAGAUGAGAUGAUGGCCUUACUUUUUUUUAAAGCUUAUACAGUGUCGUCUUUUUUUUCUACGGCCUUUUCCCUUUGACUUUGAGAAAUUGAAUUCCUAAAUGGAUGAGAACCGGCCUUUUAGGGAAAUGCAUGUGUGUGAAACAGCAGUUAUGAUGAGUGAGUAGAGCACUUUAAUUCAGUGCCUUUAUUUAAGGUGUUGCUGUUCAUCUCAUACAUCUGUAUUAAACCUAUUAAUGAUAUGAAGUGCAAAGAAAUGAAUUUCCAUCAAGUGUGUAAUAGGAGGAAGUAAAAAUCACCUUUUGGUUGUGCAAAACUUAACUAUGCAUUUUACCAAUUUGCCAUCUGGGCAUUGUCUCAUUCUACUAUGCUUGGUGUUGUGAAUCUCAUGUUUUUAGGGACAGUUCGAUGACAUUUCUAUUCCAUUCAAGUUUUCAUGUUACUUUUUUUGUUUGUUCAUGUCAUGUGGUCCUACUUUAUUAAUUGAUUUUCUGUUGUGUUGGAAACAUCUUGUUUCUUUAGUCAGAGGCCACAUCAUAAUGUAGUCUGUAGAGAUGUGACUUGGAUUAAUGACGAUUUGUAUCAUCGGUGUAUUCGUGUCUCAUGCCCUUGAAUUAGCUUACAGUGAUACUUAGACUGGAUCUCAUACUCUGUAACUUAUUGUUCAGUUGUCGCGUUCCUCUGACUAGUAAUUCAAGAAGUCGUGUGUGUCAACAUAACCCUCAAUUCUGAACAUAACAAUAAAUCCGUUUUGAUAAGCAAAAGUAGGCGCUCAUAUGACCUUAUGUAAUUGCGAGCGCUGUAAAACCUCUACUAAAACUAAAAAACUAAAAACAUGAAAGAUAAAACUUUCCUUGAGGUUAAUGUGCACGCUUAAAGUUGCAAUGCGUAAUCUUUUGCACAAUACUGAGCCUCUAGCAGAGUAGGUAGUUUAAUGAGAGGUUGUAUGUUUCCCUAUUUAGUAUUCAUGAAGGUUAAAUAAAUCUUUCUAUUGAUGAACUUCUACAUAUUCGGUCUUAAGUAUUGGAAGAUUCAUUGGGAUCUAGAAUAUCAAAAUAAAUCCCCAAAGGUUUGUUGUGAUUGUGAAAAAUAGGCUACCAUUAUUGCUUUUGACACUGAUGAUAAUAUAGUGCCUGAGUAGUUUACAAAGGAAAAUUAGAAUGAGAUUUCCAAAUGAUAAGGCAAUGUUGUCACUUUGAAAGUUUUCUGAACCCGCCAUAUUUCUUAGAUCUCUUAAUUCCCUCUUUGUUAAUGUCACAUAUCUUUCUGUCAUUAUUUGAUGUACCGUAUGUUAACUUAUGUUUGAUUUUCAUAUUAUAUCAAUUUACUUUUCUCGGACACUUCACUUUUUUAUUUCACCAACUGUGAUCUGUGUUUCUGUUCGUGGCUCUUGCCGAUAAUAUUAUGCUCAUUCACUGCAGUUUUUUUGUUUCCUGUAAACUUAUCUCUCAUUACGGACUGCAUGUGUAAGCCUAAUUGUUUCUGCCAGUCAGUGUUGGUGUAGUGAACAUGUAGGACUUUCCUUCUCACCAUAGUAUGUGACAGACGUGCGUGAUUCACUAGUUGUUGUAAUAGAAAACUGCUCAUUGUACGUGUAUGUGUGAGGGAGAUGUGAGAAUGCUCAGAGCUUCCAAACAAAUGUCAUGUUCUUCUUGUCUUCCGUAAUUUCUUCUUAUGAAAUACAGUAAGUAAAACACCACAGACAGUUUUCGUUCUACUCUGUUAGAAUAAUGGAAAGACCCAGAGUCUGCGUUGUUGGCUUAUGGUAAAAAAUUGUAUUGAAAGUUUAAAAAACCGACAUUCAUUUAAAGCACUUUGUAUCGCUGAAAAAAAAGCUGAUGGAAUAUUUGUGAACUAGAACUUUGUUUUAAAAAUAUGAUGAAGUCUUAAAGAUUUUGUUUCCCUCCAAACUUUGUUUCUUGAUUAAAUUCUUUUAAAACCCUCUAUUUGCAGGCCUUCUCUUUUCUAUGACUUACAUCAUGAAGCAGAUUUUUCGUUAAAGUUAAAGUUCUUCAGUUGUGGAUGUGUAUGAUUGGUGAGCAGUGAAUGAUUGUUUGCAAGAGUCAUAGACUGCAGAAAUGCGGUGUGUUUAAAUGUUACGACUGCUGACGUGAACCUUUGGGACUAGAGCCCUUCUACAUCACAGGUAUCAUCUGCUCUCCUUAGAUAUCCUAAAACUAAUUAUCUUAUAAACAUAUAAUUACGAGUGAGACAAAUUGGAUGCUGUCUUCUUUUAUAGAAUUUUUCUACUAAUAAGCCUUUGUUGUACAAAUAUGCUUGGAGAUAUAGAACUGCUUUGUGGGCAAGAAUUGGUGUUGGAUUUUACACCUCUUCUGUUUGAUUAUCUUAGAUCAACAAUAUUUGGAACAGACCUCAGAAGCCAACAAUGUAAUGCUAAACUUCUAAGUUAUCUUGAUUAAAGCCACAUCAAGUAAUUCAGCUCAUUUUAUUAAGAGCAAUACUUUAAAAUACCAAUGGAAAAUAAUCAAAAUGUGUCUUGCACUUGCGGCAGUUGUACAAAAAAUCUUUUCUCCCUUUUUUAGAUUGUGUUUUUUUUAAUAUAAAUGUUUUAAAACAAUUUAGAUGACUUACGAAGGGAAGUGGCUUUUUAAGAAUGCAUUAACAUUUAAUAUAAAAGUAAAUUCUUAACUUCAUUUCUGAGGACAAAAAAAUAUAGGAUGGAGCUAUGUUCACAACUACGGUUCUUAUAUUCUCUGAAGCUGGUGCCUUUACCUUUUGUUUAUUUCCCAUUUCUAUUUUACAUUACUUGUAAAUAAAAUUUUAUUUUUCAGAAACAACU